AGAGUACAUUAUAUACACUGCCCGCAUAUUUACCUAUAUGUACUAUAUAAUUUAUAUUUACUGGUCUUUCGGUUUAUACAAAGGUACUCUUUGUAGUGUGUACUAGUGGACAGUUACUAAUUACUAUACUCUUUGGUACUAGUCAUAUAUAUAAUGUACUCUGUGCUAGUCAUUCUGUGUGCUUCAUAGAGAACACUGUUAUUUCGUGCUUCCAGUUACAACUUGGUUCGAUGAAACAUAAAAUUUUGCCAAGUAAUAUUGGCAUUGCAUUGUGAAAACUUGAACACACAAAAUCAGCUACGUAGUUUUAAGCUUAAUAAAAAAAUAAGAAUGAAGUGGCUUCUGUUUGGGGCAGCAAUAUGCCUUCUUUGCUUUCACGGCGAAUCCAAAACUUGGUCUACAGAAGAACGCAGGCCACGAAGACAGAACUCUCUAGAACAAACUAAUGAAAUACCAACGCGAAGGGCGAUAUAUCACAAGAGCUCUGCUGACCCUCCUGAUCACAACAAACUGAUUGAGAUGGCGAGAUAUGUAAUGCACAACUGCGAUUGGGCAUCGAUAGCUACUAUAUCAAUUCUACCGGCGAUUGAAGGUUUCCCGUUCUCAAACGUUAAGUCCAUCGUCGAUGGCUCUCUAGCCAACUCUACCGGGGUGCCUUAUUUCUACAUGUCCCCUUUGGACUUUACUGCACGCGAUUUGUCGAAAAACACGCGCGCCACAGUUCUCGUGUCCUUGGAAGAAACAAAUUAUUGCGAAAAACAUAACUUGGACCCUGAAGAUCCGCGAUGCACAAGAUUAAUGCUUUCAGGGAAAAUGAAGAAGGUCAAAGAAGGCACCCCGGAGUACACUUUCGCUAAGGCCGCAUUGUUUGAAAGGCACCCGGCUAUGGCGAAUUUCCCUCCAGAUCACGACUGGUUCGUAGCAAAAAUGAAGAUCGCUCAGAUCGCUAUGAUCGAUUGGUUCGGCGGCGCAAAAUACAUUUCGGUUAAAGAAUAUCUCGCUUACAAUUACACCGGCAAUGAAAUGUUACACUAUUACAACCGCUUACACCAAUAACGCCAAAUAUUUAGUAGAACUCGUGAACAAUAACAUGAGACUUGCGUGGAAUGCGACGCCACGUGCUCCUGUGUUUGUACAGCGAGCGACGUUUGUUAGUCUCGUUAGAUUACCUCACGACAUAAUAUAUGCAUUGUAAUUUUUUUGUACACUGUACAAGCACAUCUCUUUGACGUCAUUGGACUCAGGCUCAGGUCUCAUGUUAUUAUGCACGAGUAGUACUGCAGUGAAUGGUUGAUAUUUGAGAAAGUUAUAAACUUGUCACCUUCAAAUAUUAUCCAUUAAAUUUUAUUAAUUUACCAAAGUGAUCUGUGGUGUGUAGAGUCUUAAAAACUUAAAUGAAUAGAUCAAAGCGUAUUGUGAUAGUCUUUAUUUUUUAUAGACAUGUUAUGUACAUAGUUACAGUGUAUUUAACUAAAUAAAUAUGUUUUAUAUUCCAAAGU